AUGAAAGUCAGCAGAAAAAUUUUUUCCGCUUUGGUGAGCGGUUGUGUGUUAACUUUUAGUGUUUCGGGCGUGCUUGCUUGCGGGUCAAUCGGCGGGAGAUCGUUAUCGACGAUCGGUCUUGUCACCGACACCGGUUCUCUGAACGACUACUCUUUUAAUCAGCAAGCGUGGGAAGCGAUCCAAGCGAUUGAUCCGAGCGCUACUCAGGCUGACAGCGUUGUGAUGCCUACUUCGCUUGAUCCGAGCGCGCUUGAACAAGGUUACAAAACGUUGCUUAACGAUCGAAAAAAGCAAAUUGUCGUCGCCAACGGUUUUUACCACGCUCAGGGGAUUCAAAGUUUCAACCGCCAAGAAAGUUCGCAGGAAGCAGCUUUCAUUCUUAACGAUGCGGAACUCCCGGCCGUCAGCAACGUGGCUUCGAUCAUUUACGAAACGCGCACCGCUUCGUUCUUAGCUGGCUACUUGGUCAGUCUUUACUUAGAGGCGUUAGUCGACGUUUAUCCGUUGCCUAGAGUUGGAACUUGGGGCGCUAAAAACAUUGCGAGCGUGACCGACUUUAUGAUCGGUUUUAUUUACGGCGUUAGCUACUACAACGACCACCGUCAGACCGGUCAGCAGUCAAUCGCUUUCGGACAACUUUCUUCGCGUGAAGCGUACACAAGCUCUGGUUUUGAAAAGGGCGGCGGCACUAACAACGCCAACGAACUUUUGGCCGAGGGCGUCAACGUGCUCUUUCCCGUGGCCGGAAUUCAAACCGGCGAUGCGAUUAGCAGCAUUGAAAAACUGGGCGAAGAAUCGCGCAACAAAAUUAAGGUGGUCGGCGUUGACAGCGACAUGGUGCUUCGUUACCCUGAUAAACCCCAGUACUUUUUGACGUCGGUAACCAAGAACACUAAAGAAGCUAUCAUCGGCAUGCACCGGGUUUUAGCGGGCAGCCCGCAAGCUGACCGAGAAACUUUCAAAGGACUCGGCGCGACCACGGUCGGUAAUUUAGCCAACAAACUAACUGGUCUAGCCGAUAAUUCAGGCCAGGCGGCUUGGAGAGAUGUGGUAAAUUCGGGGGCGCUCUACCAAAAAGCGAUGGCCCCGGAAAUAGUUGAUAUCGCUAGUAAAACGGUGGCCGAAAAAACUUGGCCAGAUGCACUGGCUCUGCUAGAAAAAAUGAGUCGCAACGAGACCAAGUUUUAA